CACAUAGUAUAUACACGUUCAGGUGCACAGAAACUUAUCCUUGCAUCAUCCUUCACGUAGCUAUCCCCUUAUGGAUGUAAUCCUUGUAGCAAUGGCCUGAACUUCCUGCCACGUACACACCUGCUGCUACCCCUAGUUUCGUCUAGAGUAUGGCAUCAAACAUGGCGGAGGACCACCGUGAGACGCUCCGGCUCCUGGAGGCCAAGAAGGGGGAGUACGACCUAAAUGCCAUCAUCCAAAGUCUCGACACCAUUCAGGAGCCGCUGGACGCCAUCCUGCGCAUCCGCGACACCCGUGAGAAGCGGCAGCGCGAGGAGGAGCGCCGCCGCAACCAGGUGCGUGCGCUGGAGCGGCAGCUGGCGCAGCGGCAGGAGGCGGCGGCGCAGGAGGCGGCAGCGGCGGCGGGCGCGGAAGACGGUGCGGACGCGGACCAUGAGGCCAUGAUACCCACCGUGGUGGAGGAGGAGGAGGAGCCGUCCCGCUGGGAGCCGCUGCCGGCCCUACUGCCGCAGCAGCCCCUGCCUCCCCUGGACCUCUCCCCGCUAGCAGACCUCCUAGGACCCCUCCUGCCCGCCUUCUCCUCCUCCUCCGCCUCCCAGCACCUCUCUACCAGCCCGCAGGCCUGGGCGCUGCUGCAGCAGCUGCUGUCCUCGCAGCAGCUCUUCCUGGCAGCAGCAGGGGGAGGAGGAUGGGCAGGCUGGG